UUUAUAAAUCUCACACUCACCACAUCUUCUCCUCUCUAAAGAUUUUUUUUUUUGACGAAUUUUUAUCGCUUGCUCGAAGAAAAAGGGGCGACAAAAAUUCCCACAAGAAAAUGAGUGAAGACUCGAAAAGGAGCAGUGGGGGAGCGCUGCCGUCGUACGAUGAAUCAAAAAGGGGCAGCGGUGGAGCACUGACGUUGUACGAUGAUCGGAAAUCAACCUCAACCGGAUCGAAUUCCGGCAAGAAAGUUGUUAUAAAGAGCGCAGAUAUGAAGGAGGAUAUGCAAAAAGAGGCGGUCGACAUUGCCAUUGAUGCCUUUGAGAACCAUAGCGUGGAGAAGGAUGUAGCGGAGAACAUUAAAAAGAUGUUCGACAAGAAGUACGGACCCACUUGGCAUUGCAUUGUGGGCAAGAAUUUUGGUUCCUACGUGACACAUGAGACGAACCACUUUGUCUACUUCUAUUUGGAUUCGAAGGCUGUGCUUCUGUUCAAAUCCGGAUGAGUUUGCGGCGCGAUGAAAAGAAUUCCGACGAAAGACAGCCAUAAUUUACUUGCGCUCUAUGUAUGUAUCCAAUUAUGCUCUCUAAUGAGAAUCUUUAAAGCAAAACAAAACAAAAUUUGAUGUUGGAAUUUGGGUUUUUAGCUUUCGUAUCACUUGUAUACACACCUCUGGAUUUAUGUAUUGCUUGUUUGAGAGAUUG